UUUCCUUCACAAGUAGUUUUCCUCAGCAUAGUUUCAAAGUGAAAGCUACUUGGCCCCUGGUUUUUGCCCAUAUCUUUUUUUUUUUCACAACAUAAAAAUGGAGACUUCAAUAUCUUAUAUUUAUUCCAUGUUGUAUUCUCCAACUGUUUACCCAAAACCCAACUCUUUCAACAAAAUUUUCACUAUUUUUCUAUUUAUAUGCCUCAUAUUCUGUUUACUUAUGUUGGAUUUGGGCUAAUUUCUUGAAUUUUUUAAUCAAUUUUCUCACUUUUCUUUAUUUUUAAUAUAGGUGUUCUUUAUUUCUAACUGUUGAUCUGUUUGAAUUAUACCCAGUUCCUAAAGAUUCAAUCUUUCUGAAUUUUAUUGGUGCAAAGUUGAAAUUUUCCAUCUAUUUUCAAAGUUUGCAAUUUUCUGUUUUUUUGGUGAGAAAUAGGAGGGUUGUUGGUAUUGUGUCAAUUAGCAAUGACAACUGAGACAGUAGUUGAGCCAAGAAGUGAACGUGUUGCUCAUAUUCACAUGCAUAAGGUUGGAUAUGCAAACAGGAUUAUCAAAAAAAGGAGAUGCAAAAGAAGAAAUUCUAAGAGUUUUGAAGGUGAAGUUCCUAUGGUAUUGCAACAGCUAUAUUUGUCAUGCAAAGAAGUGUUUAAAGGCCAUGGAAUUGUUCCUUCACCUCAUGAUGUGGAGAGAUUGCGCCAUUUACUUGAUAAAAUGAAGCCAGAAGAUGUUGGACUAAGCAGUGAGAUGCGGUUCUUUAAGCCUAAACCUGCAAUAGAGUGUACUCCAAGGGUCAGUACUGCAACCAUUUACAAGUGCGAUAAAUUUUCGCUGUGCAUUUUCUUUCUUCCAGCAACCGCUGUCAUCCCCCUCCAUAACCAUCCAGAGAUGACAGUUUUUAGCAAGCUUCUUUUAGGAACUAUGCAAAUCAAAUCAUAUGAUUUGGUUAGUCCUCCAAGUGCCGAUGAGCCUGUGCAGUCUUCUAAUUUGAGACUGGCGAAAUUGGUAACUGACAGCGUCUUCGAAGCUCCUUGUGACACAUCUGUAUUAUAUCCAACAACAGGUGGUAACAUCCAUCAAUUCACAGCCAUUACACCUUGCGCGGUUCUUGACGUGCUUGGACCUCCCUAUUCUAAAGAAGAUGGCCGAGAUGGCUCCUACUACAAAGAUCAUCCUUACAAUGCCUUUGCAAAUGGAGAAAUGAAGUUGAUAAAAGAGGACGGUGAGAGUUAUGGAUGGCUGGAAGAGAUUGAGAUGCCAGAGAAUUCAAAGAUGGAUGGCAUUGUGUACUUAGGUCCACAAAUUAUAGAGAGAUAGAGACUAGUCAACUGCUAUAGAUUCUUUUUUUCUUUUGGUUUGUCCAUAGAUGUUUUUCAAUAUUUAGUAUCACAAAUUUGAGUUCAUAUCAAAAUUUGUAUUAUCCCAAGUAAGUAUGGCAUGGCUAGAUUUGCCAAAUGAAUUGGCAAACUAUUGUGCUUGUUCUGUACAUGGUUUAUGAAUUGAAGCUUCAAAAGUUGCAAGGCCAAGUGAAAUUGACAUGAAAAUUAACUAUCCUGUUAUUGUGCA